UUUAAAUCAAGAGCGCUAAGUAGGCUGUUUGAAAAACCGAAGCGUCCAUUUGUGGUUAAAUCAUUAAAUUGUUAAAAAACCCCAAUUUGAAGGUCCCCGUAAAUUUCGGUAUAGUGGCCUGUGGAACGCCAUUACAUUUUUGAGCACUUAAACCGACGCUGUUUGAAAAACUCAAAUUUUGUGAAAAAUGUCGAUUGUGCAAGUUUUUCGUGCAAAAUCGCAGCCUUUUAGCAUCCUGCGACGCUUCAACUUGAAGAAUUUCGCCCAUGACUCCACUAAAACCUCUGCGACUUCGGCCUCGGCGACCCAGGCCCCCACGCCGGGAGCUUUCACAAUUUCGGGCAAACCCAGCAUUUCUGUGCCCCAAGACGCCGUCAAGGUCAGUCUCCAGAAGCCCGACAUGGACGUCCUCGUCGACACCUCCACAAUCAGUCGCCAAAUGGUCGCCGAACAAAUAUCGAAAUCAAUCGCGUUUGAUAACAUUCCGGGGCCAAUCAGUCUUCGAAUUAUUCACCGGAUUUGGGGCAUGGUCCCCAUAUUGAGUACGCAGAUCACAGGAGGGGCUAUACAGUAUUUGCUAGCAGUUGGUAGUUUACUGAGCUGGAGUGGGAAUAUGGCACUCUUUAAACGAUUUUUUGACCACUAUGGCCCCGUGGUGCGACUCCAUGGGCCGCUAGGGGGCGAUAUUGUGAUGGUGAGUCGCCCGGAACACAUUGCUGCUGUCUUCAAGAACGAGGGGCCUUACCCAAUUCGCUCGAGUCUGGAUUCUGUCGAGAAAUAUCGGCUGCAACACAGGAAAUUGAGACACACUGGACCCAUCCUCAUGUUUGGGCCAGAAUGGGAAAAGUUCCGCAAGUCCAUCGAACAGCCCCUUCCGCAGUUGAUUGCUCGCCAAUACGACAAAAUCGACGACGCUUGCAACAAAUUCAUCGCGCGGAUUGCCAACAUCCGGAACCGUCAAGAGGAAGUCCCUGGAACCUUCCAGAAAGAAAUCUACAAAUGGUGUCUGGAAUGCAUGUGUUUGGUGACGUUGGAUAAAAAAUUGGGAUUUUUGGAUCCUUGUGGUCUGAGUUCAACAUCGGAUCCCGGUGUGCUCCUCGAUGGCUUGAUAAAAGCGACUAAAGCGAUCCAACGAUGCGAAUACGGGCUUCAUUUGUGGCAAUUUCUCCCAACACCUGCAUGGAAAUCGCUUGUGGAAAACUGCGAUGCGAUUGAUAACGUAUUGAGCAAGUACGUUCAUCGUAUCCAACUUUUGAUUAAAGAGAAGAAAGAAGGCGAUGCUGUUAAUAAAGAAGUGAAUUGUUUGAUGGAAAAUGUGCUUUUAAAGCCGGGAAUUAUGGUUGAAGAUGCAAUGACUAUUUUGCUUGAUAUGAUGUUGAUUGGGAUAAAUGCAACGGCGCACACUAUUGCAUUUAUGUUGUAUCAUUUAGCGAAAAAUCCAAGAUGUCAAGUGAAACUCUACAAUGAGAUUGCGCGUCAACCGGCGAAAUUAUCCAAAGAUGCUUUGGCUGCAAUGCCCUAUCUUCAGGCCUGUAUUAAGGAGACUUUAAGGCUCAAACCACCGAUUCCCCUAUUGGGGCGUAUCCUCAAUGAUGAUUUGUCAAUUUACAACUACCAUAUUCCGAGAGGAACUUAUUUAUUGAUGGUGACAAGUUUGUCAAGUUGGCGUGAAGAGUAUUUCGAAGAUGCUCAUAAAUUUAUGCCAGAACGUUGGUUAUCACCCAUUGAUGAUAUGCAAUUAUUUGCGUCGAUUCCUUUCGGUUAUGGAGCUAAAGCUUGUUUAGGUAAGGAAUUGGCCGAGAUGCAAAUUGGAGCUUUGAUAACUAAGAUUUUAAGGAACUUUAAGAUUGAGUAUCUUUAUGGCGAUAUCAACAGUACCAACAAACUAUGGGCUGCGCCUAAUAAGAAACUAAGAUUUAGAUUUGCUGAACGUGUUUAAUAUAUGUUUGUGUUGUUGAAUGAAUUGAAAUAAAUUUACUUGAAAGCUUA